AUGUCUUCCACAAUAAAAUAUGUUGAUUUUAAAAAUCCAGAAGCGCCAUUAGACCAAUUAGACUUUGCUCUGAAAUCAGUCUAUGAUCAUGUAAAUGAAUGGAAUAAAGGCAAUGAUGAAGUUUACAUACAACCUGAAACGUUGAGAAAAUUAACUGAAAAGGAGGUGAAAUUGAUUAAAGGUAAACCUUUACCGCCAUAUACAACUAAGGAUGAAAAUGAACUAAUUGUUCGAAAUAAAGUUGUUGGCCCAGAAGCACAUUCAUUUCCAAAAGCUGGUAGAUCACUGAUAAUUUGGAAUAAUCCAACAAAAGACAGUGUGCAUAAAGCAGAUAACGCAAUAUGUGGUCAUCAUUCACAAGAGACUAAUGCUGGAUAUUCAAGGAAACCAAAUGGUGGUCAUUUUAUGAAUUGAAGUUUUGAAGAAAUGAGAUACAAUGACAAUAUUGUAUUGAACACUCAAACAAACAUCUAUCAUUGCAUUUGUUGAUUAUUUUCAUCCUAUCUGUACUUAAGAAAUGCCACUGAAGAGGCAUUGACAUAACAAAUAUAACUUGG